CAGAGUUGUAAUGCUGUGCUAUAUAUGUUUAAUGAUGUCCAUAUGGAUUUGUGGGCUCAGGAAUUAAAUACAUAAUGGCUCCCGAUGACAUAACAUGGAAAUACAACUCCUACAGUGCCAGUGUGUAGACAUUAAAGGGUUAUUAAUAAAAAUGAACACUUUAAAUAGAAAAACAAGCUUACCGGCACAGACUUGGCUUCUAGCCCAUCUCUGAGUGGCAGUGGGGAAAAGGAGGAUUGAAAAAUGUGCUCUUUACCUAGGCCAGUGUAUGAAAAUGAACAUCUUUUGUACCAUUUGGUGUUUAAUUUUUCAUAGGGGAUGCCUGGGGCUUUUAAAGUUUUCAACCAGAGUACAAAAAGAAGGAUGAUAAAGGGGGUUGAGGAAUGAUACUCAGCCAAGCACUGAACAUUUCAGUUGCAUGUUACAGGGGAGCUUUUGACAUUUCAAUAUUAAGCGUUCAUGUUUGGUUUGGCAGAACUGUCCAGAAGGUUAGAUCUUAACUUGUCAGAAAGCAAGAUGCACUUUGUUUCUAGGUGAGCCAGGAAAAUAACAGUGUGCACCAUUUGAACAUGACCUAUAAGAAAGUUGCAUCUGGUCUGCAAGAAAACUAGUGCUUUUGUAUCUGUCAGCCAAACAAAACCAAAUUAAAAAAAACCCAGCUGAAAAUAUAAUAUUUACCUUGAUAAUAUAGGCUGACAUAAACACCUUCAAUCCAAGGUCAAGCUUGAAAGUUAAGGGGUGAAAUCCAACAUUAGUUCAUACUCAGAGCACACGCCUUUAAAUUAAUGGACUUAAGUCCAUUGCUUUCAAUGGGUGUACUCAAGAGUAUGGCUAAUGUUGGCUUUCAAUCUUUAACUUUCAAUCUUGACUUUGGAUUGAAUCAUAGAAUUCUACAUAGAGUUGGAAGAGACCACAAGGGCCAUCCAGUCCAACCCCCUGCCAAGCAGGAAACACCACCAAAGCAUUCUUGACAUAUGCCUGUCAAGCCUCUGCUUAAAGACCUCCGAAGAAGGAGACUCCAUCACACUCCUUGGUAGCAAAUUCCACUGCCGAACAGCUUUUCAUUCCCAUCAGGACUGAAUUCUAGACUAACGUUCUGCCUUUUAUGCAACAGAGCAUUUGGUUGUAUCUAGUGUUACUUAUAAGUGGCAUGAUUAAUAUAGUUACAGGUAGAAUGAUUAAUAUAGGUAUAUUCAUUGUAAUGAAUUUUAUCUGAGUAGAAUUUAGUUGGAUGCAGGCAAAGGCGUAUUACCUAAGUUGAUUUAAGACAAGAACAAAUGCUUGUACUCUUCUCCAACCUCUGCUUCUUUGUGUCUACUUUUGGGUCUGAGAGUGUGAGUUUCUGGCCAUGUUGGAGUCAUACUUUAGUGAGAGAAAAUAUAUGAAGUACCCCAUUGCACUGAUGCAUGUAACAUUCUUCCUCAUAUUGGCAUUGUGGAUACAAUGCCAACUAAACAUGCCCCUUCUGCUUCAUCCCCUUUCCUUAGCCAUGCACAGCUUUGCAACACACAUAACCAGCUAUGCCUUUUCCUUUCCUUCACAGGUGCAGCAUGCAUCUGUAGAGCUGAUCCAGUAUCGAGUGGAGACUUAAUGAGGUUGCAGAAGUGCAAUCUCUCCACUCCCCACACUUCUCUACGUAGUAUUUUCCAGGAAAUAGGAUAAGGCUGUAAAGUUGCUCUUUCAUAGGUCCCCACAUUUAGCCAGUGGUGAAGGCCAGCGCUGGCAGAUAAAAUGUUGAAUAAGUCCAUGCAUCAGGGUGAAAUGACUUGCCUCAGGCAGCACCUGUGUGGGGGCCAAAGGCAGGAAUGGUGUGUUAAUGGUGCAGCAAGGCUUUUAGAAAGUGUUGGCCUUGUUGUGAGCGGGGAAGCAGUUGGACUCCACUUCACCCAGCUAUCACCAAGUAUUGCUAUGAUUGUGGUAUUUUCACUUUUAAAUAAGUUAUAGGCCCAUGUUAUAUUCUGCUCUGUGGCAAUGUGCACUUCUGCACAGGUGUGCACAGUCACUUUACUUGAAUCCCGGUUUCUAGGACACAAGGUGUCAUGGCUAGCUAUCCCUGUCAAGCAAGUUUUGGGAUACUACCCAGAAUUUAUAUGUGCCCAGCAGAAAACCACCAACUGAAAAGGGUUGCCAGAAAAUUUUCCAAGACAUUCCUGGAACAGAAUAUGAGAAGUCAUAGGUAAAUUUAAAGAAAAGAGAAGAAACCUCUUGAUUUUCUUUUUCUAGGUCGAAGCCAUUCUUGGGAGUUGGGCUUUCAAAACUAAAGGCAGUUAGUUUCCUUUUUAAAAUCACGCAGAACAUAUGGGAAUUGGGUUGUUUCUGCCAACUUUUCCCCUCUCUAGAACCAAAAUCUUCCCAGGGAUUCUUCCUAAUAGAAUAAGGCUGGGGGUGGGGAGGGGAGAAAAAGCCUGAUGUGACUCAUACAGCUGCAGCAGAAACAACAGAAAUAACACGCCUCUUUUCUUGAGAGCCAUCGUCUUUCUAAUAGUUUCAGUUCAACUGGGAACCAUUAAUGUUGUUGUUUCAAACAGCCAUUCAAAGAGCACCGGCGGGCAGGGGAUAGCAACAGGAGAGAGAGAGAGUUACCCCAGUUUUGGUCAUAGAAAUUAAUUAGCAAAGACAAGAAUGGCACAUGGGAUUAUGGAUCCUCAAAAAGAAAAUCAGGUGCUGACGCUAGUUCUGAACCUAUGAUCCUGGAGCAGUAUGUGGUGGUGUCUAACUAUGAGAAACAGGAAAACUCGGAGAUCAGCCUGCAAGCUGGAGAGGUGGUGGAUGUAAUAGAGAAGAAUGAAAGUGGUUGGUGGUUUGUAAGUACCUCGGAAGAGCAGGGCUGGGUCCCUGCCACUUACCUGGAAUCCCAAAGUGGAAUUAGAGAUGAUUCUGAAAUUAACAUGUCCAAAGGAGGGGAAGUUUCUAAGAGACGCAAGGCACACCUGAGACGCCUGGACCGGCGAUGGACACUGGGAGGGAUGGUCAACAGGCAGCAGAGUCGAGAAGAGAAAUAUGUCACAAUCCAGUCAUACACCAGCCAGGGGAAGGACGAAAUCGGGUUUGACAAAGGAGUCACUGUGGAGGUCAUUCAGAAGAACCUGGAAGGAUGGUGGUACAUAAGGUAUUUAGGCAAAGAGGGCUGGGCCCCAGCCUCGUACCUGAAAAAAGCAAAAGAUGACCUUCCAUCAAGGAAAAAGAACUUGACGGGGCCAGUGGAAAUUAUAGGAAACAUCAUGGAGAUCAGCAACCUGUUGAAUAAGAAAUCCUCUAGUGACAAGGAAACCCAGUCAGAAAUUGAAACAGCAGAAUCCCACAUCACCAAGAAGGAAAUAAGUUUGCCCAUCUUAUGCAAUGACUCUAAUGGCAAUGCCAUGAUGACUCAAGACAAGCAGAUUUCAAAAUUGGCACAGGGUUCUCCAGCCAUAGCACGGAUUGCACCACAAAGGGCUCAAAUAAGUUCUCCAAAUCUAAGAACCAGACCUCCCCCAAGAAGAGAAUCUAGUUUGGGCUUCCAGCUGCCUAAACCUCCUGAGCCACCAUCAGUGGAAGUUGAAUACUACACCAUUGCAGAGUUCCAGUCUUGUAUCUCUGAUGGGAUCAGCUUUCAUGGGGGACAAAAGGCGGAGGUUAUUGACAAGAAUUCUGGUGGCUGGUGGUAUGUGCAGAUUGGUGAAAAGGAAGGCUGGGCUCCAGCAUCAUACAUUGACAAAAGGAAGAAGCCAAAUUUAAACAGGCGAACAAGUACUUUAACCAGACCCAAAGUUCCUCCCCCAGCACCUCCCAAUAAAUCAAAGGACUCUGAAGAAGGAACAGUUGCUGGAACCAUAUCUUCAGGAGUUGCCCAGGACAAGCAAACGUAUGAGGAGCCAGAGUAUGAUGUGCCUGCCUUUGGUGCUGACUCUGAGUCUGAGCUGAGCCAAGGGGAAGAUGGCAGCUUGGAGAGAGGCAUGUUCCAUCUACUCAAGCCUUCCCCUGUGUCAUCCCUCCAAAGGGCAAAAUUCCGAGUUGGAGAGUCAUCUGAAGAUGUAGCACAUGAAGAGGAGAGCAUCUAUGAAAAUGAAGGCUUCAGGCCAUACAUAGAAGAUGCUCUGUCAAGCAAAGAAUCUAGUGGGGACUCUGAUUCUCAAAGAAGUUCAUCACUGUCUCUGAUCCAAAGAAAUUCUCCGUGUUCUGUUUCUCCCAAGUCUUCCCUCCUGAAGCCCAAAAGCGACAAGAGCAUUCAGCCAAACCUUGGGAAGUCGCACUACACCCGGAAUGAGGAGACAAAGCCAAGGUCUGCUUCAGACGUUGGUUUAAGUAGCAUGCCCAAAACUGGCCCAAAGAGAGAUAUUGGGGAUACAGUGUCUAGCAGGGCAAAACCAAUGGUGAGACCAAAACCUUUCCUGAACAAAGGAGACUCCCAAAGCCAAGAAAGGAUGGACAUCAGCACUUUACGUCACCAGCUGAGGCCAACUGGACAGCUGAGAGGUGGACUUAAAGGUUCAAGAAGUGAAGAUUCUGAAAGUCCACCUCGGACAGCUUCUGGAAACCGAGACGAGUCAUUCAGAAGAAGCUCUGCAGAUCUCAUCCCCACUCAUUCCCAUGCCAUAUUCUACUCCAGCCAGCCAAACAAGGCAGAGAAUGAAAACAACUCCUCAAAAUGUAUCUAUGUAACUACUGAUUCUUACCAGAAAGUUCAAGAUUCUGAGAUCAGCUUCCCAGCAGGGAUAACAGUGGAAGUUCUCGAAAAGCAAACAAGUGGGUGGUGGUAUUUGAGAUACGGAGACACAGAAGGCUGGGCUCCUUCUCACUAUCUGGUACUGUCUGAUAACCAGCAACGGGAAACCACUUCGAAUGAGGCUAACAUCUCAGUGGCCAAGAACAGAAGGAAUGAAAACAAAUCCAACAGCUUGGAGAAGAUAGAGAAGAAGGUCCAAGCACUCAACACCAUCAACCAGAGCAAGAGAGCAACACCUCCCAUUCCCAGCAAACCACCUGGUGGCUUCUCUAAAACAUCUGUCAAAUUGCGGAAUGGGGUUAGGCAACUAGCAGUGAGGCCACAGUCAGUGUUUGUCUCCCCACCACCCAAGGAUAAUAACUUGCCUUGUUCCCUGCGUAGGAAUGAGUCUCUUACUGCCACAGACCACCUGAAGGCAGUACGCCGCAACUCUUCUUUCAGCACUGCCCAAUCUCAGACUAGUGAUUCUAAGAUAAAGCACACUGAUCGGCUGGGUUCUGAGGGGUCUGAGACAAGUUCCUACGUACCUUCUGAGCGCAAUGGAAUCCCAGUGUCCACAGUCAGGCCCAAGCCCAUUGAAAAAUCCCAGUUCAUUCACAAUAACCUUAAGGAUAUCUACAUCUCCAUUGCAGAUUAUGAGGGGGACGAAGAAACUGCUGGGUUUCAGGAAGGUGUCUGCAUGGAGGUCCUGGAAAAGAACCCAAAUGGUUGGUGGUACUGUCAGAUCAUGGAUGGAGGGAAACCAUUUAAAGGCUGGGUGCCCUCAAAUUAUUUGGAGAAAAAGAAUUAGAGUCUUUUAAUUCCAUUAUUUAUACUUUUAUACUGUGUACAUACGGAAGGAAGGGGAAAAUACAAUGAUUUUAUUCCCUUUUUAUUCUGUCUAAUAUACAAGGGACUGUUGAUCUGACCUUUGCUAUGACCAGCAAGUCUGCCGUCUUUGAGGGUGUGUGAAGGAAUUGGCUUGUUCAGCAAAUAUCAAGGAAAAAGGCAGGUGGAACUAAUGGCAUUCUCUUUCUGUUUCGGUGAAGACUUUCAUAAUUUUGAGUGCAACGCGGUUCAUUAUUCCACCAUCCUGGUUGUCAUAAAAGGAAACCAAAUGUGUGCCUUCCACAGUAUAGUUUGGACCUGCGCAUCCGCUUGUGAAUGGUGGGGAGUUUGGUGCCAGCCUGGACAUGUUAAAAAAUCAGCUUGUUCAUUUCUUCCACAUGGAGUGUGUGAAAGUAUUUCCAAGCUGUGGAUGAAUCUCCACCACCAGCAAGAUAUAUUUAAGUCAGCAGAGCAAAUGUGGAAACUCAAGAAAUCCAGUGCUGGCCCUUGGCUAUCACAUUCUUGCCUCCAGAUUGGAGACUUGGAGCUUUUUCACUGUGCAUUGCUAGUACCUGACAUUAAGUGCAUAUUGUCAGUUUCCCCCAAUGGCAUCGCAUUGGUCAUGCUUCUGUCCUGUGGUGAUCUCUGUGUCAACUGUUUGGGGAAGGGGUCAAGUUUUUUUGUUUUUUUUUACUAUUAUUAUUGGAAUUAGAUGUGUAGUCAAACUUUAAUGUGGCUCCUAGGUGUUUGUAUGCACACUAAAAUUAUGUGUUUGCAUCACACCUCUUGUGCAAACUUAUUGGUCUCAAAAUUUAAUGUUUGUUUUGAGGGUCUUCUGAACAACCAUUGAAGGGGUUUGUCACAUACUUUGCUAUCCAGAGCCCCAUAUUGGACUAUGAAGCAGAAAAGUUUCAUCUGAAUGCAGGGAAUAUUAGUUGUCUGUAGCUUAAAAGGUGAAUCUGCUGUUCCACAAAGCCCCAUUUGUUGGCUCAUAGACCAUCAUGGGUUUGGCUCCUUGGCCAUCCAUAAGCCUUUGCUAGAGGGAAAGGGAUUUCUCAAGAACUCUUCCCUUCCUCUUCAUUUUGCCCAGGUCAGAAUUACCAGGCUUGCUUCCACCAGUGCUUCUGCACAGCUCCUUAAGUUGUGCAUGCACUCUGCUCCCAUCCCAAAGCCCCACAAGGCUUCAGCUCUGGUGGCCGCACAGUGGCCUCCUGUGGCUUGAAAACCAGGCCAAUGAGUCAUGUAACACAGUGGUGAUGGCUUCUCCAGAGUCAUCUGCAUGGAUCCACCUGCCAAUCCCUUUGGGAAAACUUAAAGUAGAUGAGUUGGCCCUGAGUGGAGGGGAUUUGCUUCCACAUAAUGUGCCUUUGUUUUGCAGGGGCUUUCCAUUAUGUCCUAUUCGUGUUCACAGGGAUUGGAUCUCUCUAUUGUUCACGAUGUAAAAACAUUUCCUUGCCAGUAGAAGAGAGUGAGGAGUUACUUUUCUGUAAGGAGUAUCAGGGAUACCUUGAAGCCACUGCACCACAGCCGAUUGCCCACUCCAGGUGCUACUUGAGGUGCGGGUCCAUGUAAACAUGGAGCUUCUGCGUGUCCAUGCUCUUCUGCAUGCUCUUCAUUGAUAGUGGGGUGAUACCCCAUGUGCAUCCUCAUUGCACAUGGUCAGAGUCACCCUCAUGUGGAAAUGAGGCAGACAGUGCCAGUGCAGAAAUUGUGCAUGCAUGUCAGAACACUCACAGUGCUUAAGAUCAAGAAUACUGAUUGCAUGUGGCAAUGCCUCAAAUGAAAACAAAGCAAGGAGACCCAUACAGUCUGUAUUUAAGUGUUGCUUCCAGAUAUGAAUGCCCAUUCUCAGCCAGCAGAGAAGCAUCUGUGUUUACAAAGCUUGGGCAGGGGAGAGAGAGAAAAAAAGCCAUGCAUUUUACUGUCUGCACAAUUGUUUUUAAUUUGUGUAUUUGUGGGGUGAUUUUUAUUUUUGAACCAUCUGUGUCCUAAACUUCUUAUUUCCCCCUUUUUAAGAGCAAGCAGUAGGAAUCACUCUUCUGCUGUAUUCACUUGAACAUUACUUGGUGUUGGGAGAGAAGCACCUGAUACUUUCAAAACCUGCAAAGCAAUUGAAUGAGAACACUAUUGAGUGGAGAAUGUACCUGUUCAAGCACCUGCACACAUGGGCAAUCUCUCCAUUUCUGUUUCUACCCCGCCCCACCACCACCCCACCCUUGAUAUUUAUAAUCAUGAAACUUCAAAGAUAUAACAUUUGUGGGAGAGCAUGGAAAAAAUGAAAAGCCACCGGGGGGGAAAGGCUUGGGUGCAAAGUGUAUCCCCUCCCCGUGGCCUCAACACCAGCCCUUAAAUAAACUUUGUAAUUGUAAAAAAGGAAACACCAGAAGGCCUUUGCUUAAGAAUACCGACUCUCAGAUGAGAGUUUGAUGUCUCUGUCCUGAGGCCCAGCAUUUUGUGUGUCAAGAGAAGAAAACCAGCUGUGUUUGUGUUACUGUGCAAGAAUAAAUAAUAUGAAUAACUCUUUCAUCUUCCAGCAACACUUCAUGCCUUCCACUAGGUGAAAGAUAAAAGAAUGGGAAGAUUUGAAGGAACUGAAAGGAUACAUUUCUUCCAAAGGAUUCAAAAUCAAAUAUAUAAUGGGGAGAUGUUUGGUCUUUGGGAAACAUUACAUAAUUCUCACUUGAUUCUUCUCUUUCUCUUUAAACAAAAAAUUGGUGUUACGUGUCUUGAAUCAAUGAGAAAUGUUGGGGGAGGGGUUGAUUUCUGCAGCUCAUGUGCCAAUUGUCCUUUCAGUUUGAUCGAUUGAGACACCAUUAAAGUUUGGCUGCCACCACCUUCCAUACUAUUGCUUUAUAUUGGAUAAAUAAGCAUGGAAGAAGGGUUGGCUUGUGCGAAACAGGGAGGAAUGGAGAGGCCUGUGACGCGCUCAGUGGAAGAGCCCAUGGAGAGCAGGUCAUAAACUACACUGCAAAGUAAAAUGGUGUAGCUGUUUGUCCUGAGCUUUUCUUCCUAAGGCCUAGCAGCUCUGCCUCUUAGAAGUUUCUCUUCAUUUUAAAAGUCUGCUGAAACCUUAGCAGCCAUUGUUAAAAGAACUGCCAGAGCUGCUGUGAGAUUAUAAAUAGAAGUAUUAUGUUCUUCUGCUGGACAGUAUUAAAUAGAGCAAAACCAUAAAGUAAUCUGCUAGAUUGCAGUACUAAUAGUAGUGAUUUAGCAACUCAUAUUAAUGUUUAUGAUUUAUAUUUUAACAAUAAUGAUAAGGAAGUGGUUCAUUAUUUUUGAAUUAAUGCACUUUAACAAUUUAAACCAAAAUGCAGAAAAACCAAGUGCAUUAUUAAAGGUGCAGUAUAAAUUGUCAUUUUUUUAAAAGUUCACCUAUUUAUUAAAAUAAUUUAUGAUUAUUUAAAAAUUGUACUAUACAGUUUUGUUCUAAAGAUGCCAUCAUCUCCUGGGAAAGCUAAAUGUGCAGCUCCCAACUUUUCUACAUUGAGCCAUUGGACUCUCAAAAUACAGUAGAUUCAGUUAGCAAGUGUCAACUUUCUGCUAAGGAAAAGGGACAUAUAUUUCAGAUUUGGAGAGCAGUGGAUCAGCUAGUUAUAUUCCUUAAACGUAUGCAGCCCUGAGUAAAUGUGAGGAGCUGAGCUGAAGUAGUAAUUGAACAAUCCCCCAUCCCACCCCCAGAUUCCCUAGAUGUCUUCAAUAUAUUCUGCUAGCACCCAGCGCUUAAGGGAUGACUGUUGACCAUUCUCCAGUCCCAUGUCCAGAAGAUCACUGUGUGCUAAAUUGUUCUAAAUAUGCUUUUGCAAAGUUCUCCUGAGGACAUAUGCCUUUCUUACUGCAUAUUAAGCAUGUGGCUUGUCCACUAUUUCAGUAAGGGAAACUGCUACCCACAAAAACAAUAUCUAUUUGCUAGCAAUAUGAUACAGAGCAGGCAUGGCAUCUAUAAGCCCUGUUUUCUUGCAGAGGUCUCCUUUUUAUGAGAUGAGUUUGCUCAUCAAUAAUUACUGAAAGAUGUCUACAAAUAUUUGAGGAGUAGGAUGUAUUGUGCAUAAAAAAAGGAAAGCAAUACUCAGUUGCCCAACAGAGGUGGUCCAGUAGCCAAUUUUAUAAUAUAUGUGAUUAUGGUGAUGAGGUUCUGAGCAAGUAGCAAAGUUAACUUCUGAGCUGCUCUCAGCUUUGCAUCUACUUGCUGUUCCUGAUGUUGUGCUUUCUGCAACACACACACACACAAAUAUAUUUGUAUGCUUGUGCACACAAGAUAUAGCUUGUGCGUGCACACAUGUGUUGGACAAGCUUGGAGGCGAUUUCAUGAUGUAUGAAAGGGGUGGAAUAAAGGACACUAGAAAGCACCUUUAGUCCGUUUCACUGUUACUGGUAUGCAAUUUACGUUUCCCACUUUAGCUGAUAGGUCAUAUCUAGGAAACAUUUUCAGAAUUGGAAAAUUAAAAUGCAGCACCAGGCCUAUUCACAAUUACUUGUGACAAGUCUGCAUGAUCUCACUGCACAAACACUAUAGUCCCAUUCAAAUGUCUGUAAAAUACCUGCAGCAUUUUUUUUGGAAAAAAGUAUUUUGUACAAUACUUCUAAAAACUAAUCAAAAAAUCAAGUUGCAAUUUAAUAAUAAUUAUACUUUCAGAGUUAACUAAUUCACUUUUUAAAUUCUCCAGGGAGCUACUGAAUAAAAAUAUUUUGAAGUCAGAGUGCCCUCUUGUGGAAGGAGGAGCGGCUUUCUAGUUAUUUUCCUGAUUAUUUGAGAUUACCUUGGUCAUCCAUGCUUUCAAAAAAAAUAUGUGAAAUGGGAAUGACUGAGAUAGCAAAAGUAAAAAAAAAAAGCCAACAACCAACCAUCUUUUUUGAAAACAAAAAAUUGAAACUUUUUUGUUCUGCUGUAUACUGCAACUUUAAUAAUAAUGAGCACUUCUGAGUUCGUUAUUGCGGUUUUAUAUAAUGCCUGAAAAGAUACUCUUUCUGUUUUGUUUUGUUUUUAAAUUCUAGUGAACACUAUUUCUCUUUGACUCUUCCUGCAUAUACCUGUUGCCUAUUGUAAUUUCUUUCAAGCUGAGACUUAGUUUUUUUUCUGAUGAGGUAGCAAACAUGUGUCUGCAAAGGAUGCUUCCAUGCUUGAAUGAUCCAUCACAUCCACAAACUUACCUGCACAGGCCAGGUAAGGUGUAGCCUUGAAGCCAUUUCCUUAACAUUUUGUUUUCUAUAUGCAGGAAUUCUUUUGUUUUUGUUCUGUUUUGUUUUUCUGAGGCAGAUAUUUCAAUCAGAUAUUUCCCUAUCUGCAGUCUGAAGUGGUUCAGUUCAGAUAAAGGUUUACCGCCUGGCUGUUUCUUGAGAAAUAGGCCUCACUGAAAAUUUGAAUGCCUGGUUAACGUAGAUCAAAAUAUCAAUUUGGAGCCACCUGGGCUCAUGUGAGGGGCUUUUACCAGCCAAGAAUUUGACCACCACACCACUCCCAGCCAUAUCACUAACAGCUUAUGAAAGUACCAAAUUUCUGAACUGUUUUGGUAUGUAGCAGUGGGCCGAUAUGGGGAGGGGUGUUGCUGAAAUCAUGAGCAUAAAGUUCCGUGGACUGAUGGAACUAGCUUCAAACCCUUUUUGGAUUCUGGCCCAACUUUCCAGUGACUGCUGUCCUUGUCAAAACAGCCCCUCUGUGCGAAAAAAAUAGCACUUACUCCUUACAGGGAAUUAAACCCCAUUGACUCCAGUACAAGUGUUGCUUAGGGUCAUGGCCCCAAUUGAAUACAAAAUAAUUUGGGUGGGACUUCUUCUUUAAAAUGCUCAUUUGUACAGGUAACUGGCAAGGAACAUUACAGACUGGCUAAUUCAGGACUAGAUUCUGAGGUAGGCAAACAAGUGCAUUCGUGUUUCGAGUUUGCAAUGCAGUAUCAACGUCCGCAUUUAUCCCUGAUGAUGAGCAAUUUCCAAAAAAGUUUCUUUCAGUAGCAACACUGAACAUUUUGACGAAGGCAUUAUAGAAUUGUUUGUUUAAACUACUUUCAAAUAUUAGUGUGGCAUAUUUUAUUGUAAAAUUAUACUCAUUGCUUUUCUCUGUUUAGAAAUGUGUUAACGUGCUUUCUAUCAUUUAUGAGAAACCGAAGGGAAUCUGGGUUUCAUACUACUAGCAUUUACAGAAUAGAAAUACUAGUAUUUAAGUUUAGAUCUCAUUAGCUAGUUUGCUCAUUUACAUUUUUCUCAUGUGUAUGUUGUGUUGUUGGGUUUGGGUUUUUGGGUUAUGUCCCCCCCCCUUUUUUUGCAUUUUCAAGAUAAAAUCCAUUGGAGGAUAUGUGCAAUAUUGAAAGAGAUGAAACAGGCCCCUCAUCCAGGAUUUAAAGUGGAACGCACAGUGUGAUUUUUAGAAGUCUUGUCAUUAUCCAGUCAUGCACUCUUUGGGGGAAAAUGAGGAAUGAGAGGAAGGGAACCAUUGAGAGAAAGAGAGGAGGCAGCAGAAAAAUUCUAGUAUAAAUGGAUUGUAAGUGUGAAUUUACUGUGGUGGCUGAGUGCAGUGGUUGUUACACAAGUGCAUCACACUUGAAUAGAAGUGUGACUUGUUUGUGUGUGUUACAGUGACUCUUCAACACCCUUUUUCUUUCUAAUACACAUUUUUUUAUUCCUUACAGAAUUCAGUUUGUUCAGCUAAGGCUGCUUUCUUAUACUCAACCUAGGAGGAAGUCCCAUGCAAGUCAGUGGGGCUUACUUCCGAGUAGACAUGUAUAGGGUUGUGCCGCUGGGUGCUUUUAGUUAGCAUGGAAUACAUGCUGGAGCUUGGAAUAGAUGUGUUGAGGGGGGAAAUCACUCAUGAGACAACAUGAGGAUUAAUUGUAUGCUUGAAGCACAGCAUGUCAAAUCAAUCUCUACCUCAUGAUCCCUUAGUGCUCCAUGCCUUUCAGAAUCAGGCCAUUUGCAAGAAAAGAUGUGCUUGUUGGUGCAUGCCCUGCUGUAUCUCUUUCCACUGAUAAGAACAGGAAAGGUCCCUACCUUUAGCAGCCCAAGAUCAGGCUCUUCAUCUUUGUGCUGGGCACUUGUACUCAAGUACUCAAGCCUUUGAACUCACGAUGAGGCAGUUCCACAGCGAUAUUGCUUAAAUGUUCAUGAGAAUAAAAUGCUCUUUCAGCACAUUCCAUGGACGUAGCCAGGCUUUUUGUGGGGGGGGGGCGGCAGAACCUCAGUUUGCUAUGUAUUAUUAUUGAAUAUUAUUGGUUUAGGGGGCAGCUGCCCCUCCCUGCCCCCCUUGGCUAUGCCCAUGGCACAUUCCUAUAUAUGCCUAUUUGGAGCGAAGCCUUAUUGUGUUCCAUGGGACUUACUCCCAGAUCCCAGUGGAUCUUGUGCAGGAGCAUUAUUUGGUGACUUUUACGCCUCCAGUGUUCUUAAAAGAAAAAAGAAAAAAGCAACUGAGUCCAGGAGAGCAACAUAAAUUUGCAUUUGGCUUUAGGAGACCCUGGUUCUUGUCUCAGUGUUUAGUUUCAUGAAAUUUGAACUCUGUGCAUGCACACACAAAGUUGGCAGGAAGAACUACACUGCUGACUGUAAUACAUUUUAAAUCACAACUGGAUUUCUGCUGCUAAAUAGUCAUAAUCCAUCUGGCGUAAUCUAAGCCUCCUUUUUGAGACUCUAGGCAUACACGUUUGCAGCUAAAUCAGGGGUACUGUACAUAAACUAAGCAUUUAGCAGGUACGGAUUGGGAGAGCUGAAGUUUUUUUUAGUUUUUUUGUAAAUAUGUGCAUUUUUAAAGGAUGUGGGUAUUUUUUUAUUUUUUUGUAGAUGUGUAGAGAUCAUUGACAAAUACACGGAAAACUCAUUAGGUGGGUCCUAAAGUGAUCUCAUGGGCUUUAUGUCCUUGCUUCAAGGUUCCUGUUAGCGUCUUGGUCAAUUCCUUUACCAUAUCUGUUCACAGGUUGUUGUUAUUUUUAAUUUAAAUUUUUGUGAUAUUUGAAUCAAGUACUGUACAUGUGACCUUGCCCAGCAUCCUUAGAGGUCAGUAAUUGGAGCUCCUUGAGCCAGCCCUUCAAUUGCUGUUGCUCAAGUCUCUGCAACACUGUAUAGAGCCUUCUGGAAUAACAAUUUAAGAGAUCCCUCUUUUUACUUUUUUAAAGGGUUUUUAAAAAUAAUAAUAAUAAUGGUGAGUGCUUGAGUAUGCAUGUGUGUAUGUUAAAGUGGAAGUGUGGUGUGUGUGGUGGGGUUUGUAUCCAUGAAGGUAUUGCAAGCCUGCUUUGAGUAAGACUCCUAUUUGGAAUCAGAUUUCUGUUUUCAGGGUUUUCUCCUCCUAAAUUGUGAUAAGAUCUCUUAGGCCCAACAUGACCAAGUAAAAGUGGGCCCCUUUCAGUCUAGGUUUACAGGGUGGGCUGGCCCCACACAGCAGUAUGUUAGAUGGUUGAUGAGUGCAAUUUCCCCUUUCUUUAAAACCAAAUUGACUGAAAGUUUCACACUGUCGUUUUAACACGUUUCCCACUAUUGUCCUGUGCUGAGACUCCUGUUUGCUAUUAAACCAAAUUGGCUGGGCAGGGGAGGCUGUAAUCUUUUGGUAACAGUCGAAAGAGGUAACUGGAUUAUGACUGAGGAGAAAUAGAUUGGAUUUCCAUUUUUUUUUAAAAAAAUUAUAUAUUUAUGCCUGGUCUGACAUUCUGGGUGCUUUUUGUGUCUUUGUGCAUGAACAUACAUCACUCCUCUGUGUUUCAUCUGUGUCUCCCAUUAUUGCCAAAAGCUCAGAUUCACUUAUUGCAAUAUAUGAAUCUGUAUCCUGAAGUUCGUAAUCUGAAGCAGUAAUGUUUUCUAUAUCAAGUAGUCUAGAGGUUCAUGAAAUGACUGGAGCUGGCAUGGCAGCAUAGUCAAGUUGUGUUUUUAAGCCGGCUUUAAUCUGAGUGGCUCUACUUCACUUAAACAGCCAAUUGUUGAUGAGGAAUGAAAGAUGGAGCCAGCUGGUGAUCUCAUUUCUGCAGCAUUUUUAAACUUGCCAUCUCAGCAUUUUUGGUUUGGCAAAGCUUCACCUACACCUUUUGAGCCAGAACUUUAUUGGGGAUUGUGUGCAGCAAGUUCUAACCGCAGCCUUUUACUAUGCAAAAAGUUAACUGGAGACUUGUUUAUGAGUUUGAAAUUAAGGGACCUGUGCAGAAAACCAAAAGUAGGCAGCAAAUUACUGUUUUGCCUGAAAUCUAAAAAAAAAGAGUUAUCAAUAAAAAGGAUUAAGGUUUCAUUUUUGCAAGAAACAGUCAGGACAGUGAAGCAGAAUUUGAAUGCCUUGUGAUUGUUACCAAUCUUCCAAGUAGUUGAUACUGAGUAUUGUUCUUUCAAUUAUCCUCUUGAAAUGGUUAUUUAACAUAAAGGUGAAUGUAAUUGUCAAAAGUCUGAGAGAGUAUGUUGGUGAGGAGAUGAUGUGGGAUGUGUGGUUGGUUCUUGGGCUGUGUGAUAGAGAUGGGGAGCAGAGUUUGCUUUUGGUUUGGUUUGGUUUGUUUUCUUCAGAAGGUUUAUUAUUAUUGAAGGUGGACUGGUUACUGUUGGGAGAGCAAGUUGAAGAUUGAAUCUUUUUGUGGUUGGAUUUGUUAUAAGAAAGAAUCCAGGAGGGAAUCAAACUUUGGAGAAAGAGAAGAUAAAGAGUCCUAUGAUAGAUUUGGGUAUUCCUUGUCCAUUUAUUUUUCCUCUAGCUAAGCUGUUCAAACUGUUGAAUGUUAAGUACUGUUAACAAAAAUGGGGUGUGUUUUUUACUCCACCCCUAGAUGACCACUAUUGUUAAAAGUUGCAUGUGACCUUUAGUGGAUCUCUAAUAAAUAUGGAAUAGAAUAAAGCAGAAGUUAAACAAAACUAGCUGUUGCAUUUUACUGUUAUUGUGCUCAUUAUCAAAGAUGACAGUAAGUUUAUAGGAAUAAUAUAAAUCUGUUUGCAUAGUAAAAUGGUUUCUGCAAAGGGAUGUUGGCCACAUUCACAAAAACCAUUUGGGGCAAGUAUUAGUUUUGCUUAAAUCAUCUCGCAACAGAGAACAACUGUGGUGAAAUUACCUUAGCUCACAUCACCAUUUCUUUAAUAGUGACUGGAGAAACACAGUUAACCUUUAAAAUAUCACAUUAGUAGUCUCUGUACAAAACAAGCACAACGAAGGAUGGCAACUGUUUGAUCUAACUUGGUCCCCUCUUAAACUGAUUUUGGAAUGUCCCAGCAAUCAAAUUCACAAGAGGAAACUAAAGGUUAUAUGCAGUAAAUUACCUUCUUAUAUUUAAACAAAAAAACUAUUUUUGGUCAAGUAAUUUAAAACAACAGUUGGCCUUUUCAUGUAACCUGUGAUAUUGAAUGAGAAUUUGUGUGCUGGUUAGAUUUUUGCCAUUUCCAGAUUUCAUUUCAAAACUUGAGGCCAUGUUACACUGUUGAUGGCCUUCUUGGCCAUCAUGGUUUCACCUUGUUUGAAUAAAAGGUUUUGCCAGAAUGAAAGUAUGUGAAUAUUCAGUCUGGUGCCCACCGGGGUUAGUAAAGUGGGAGUCAUGAUGGCAGUGCAGUCAGAAGGUGGCCUGGUAGUCAAAUUCAGAGUGGUUUUAUGAUCACAACUCAUCUGAUAAUGAUUUAUGGUCCCACUCUUGAGAUAUUCAAAUUCUGAAAUUCUACAGAUUUGUCUGUCUUUGUUAUGGCAACUGGAUCUUCUGAAAUGUGAUUUGGAAAAAGGUAUUGUACUGUUUCACUUGUAAUGUAGAUCCAUCCAGAUGGAGCAUUUUAUAUCUAGGUUUUAUAAGGAGAUUUUAUGAGUUCUUGGCAUUGGAAUUUGAGAGGUGAGUGCUGCACGGGAUUCUUGCAUAGUUGUCAUCUAUAUACUUGACUAAAAGAUGUAAAGACUCUUAAGGCGUAUUGCUCCAUAUUCAGUUUUUUCCCCCACCAGCAACCAUCUGCUAUUAAUGAUUCUUGAUAAACUGAUCCCUAAAUAUAGAAACUAAAUCUUUGUACAUGUUUUGGCCCAGCAGUCCUCUAUUUUAUGGCUCUCUCUCUGCUAUAGGCUCCUUGUGCUCACUUCAGUCUUGUUGGAAUCUGUGUGCCUUAGAUGAUGGCAUAGCAGAAUGACCAUGGAAAUAGCAGUUCCUUUUUUGAAAUUCCAUCUGGUCCGCCUUUGUACUAAUAUUAGGCUGAAUCAGAACCCCUGACUAGGAGAAUGUCUGUGUGAUGUGCAAGAUUCUAUACAGUGAAAACAGUUCUAAGUGUGUACAGCUUGUCAAUAUACAGUUGGGGCUCAAGUUUUCACUUUGGCUAAUGAUGCUUUUUUUAAGCGCCAGGUGGGCAACAUGCAAAGGGAGAUGUGUUCUCCUAAGAUCCCUUACUAUGUCCCAGAACAUGUUGGGGCAGAUCCUGUGAAGCAGCACAAAACUGCUCACCACUCUUAGCCAUUGUGGAGCAGAUAUCCUUGGGACUACGCAGUGCUUACACUUGGAAGGGAAUUGAGGGAUUUUGCCACUCUAAGCGCACUCUCAUAUGGGGACACAUACCAAUUAUUAGUCAGAGGCUUUUUAUGUUUGUUUUAGGGACUGCCAAGAGAGACUAGGCUGCAGCCUGUUUUACUCCCAGGUUUUUGCAAUGUGAAACCGCAAUAUAAUAUUCAAUGUCUCAGGCAGAGAGGACUUGAUAACUAACUGUACCUCACAGUCAUCUCCCAGUUUACUCAUUGCUUGGACCAAAGGUGGUGCUAAUAAUAUGAACUUUAAUUUUUAUAUUUAUGUUGUUGUUGUUGGGUUUUUAGUGUGUAUGUGUUAAAUCAAAGAUGCAAGUGUCCUGUUAAACUAAAAAGAUCUUAUCCAGGGCAUCAGACACUUCAAAAACCCACAAAAUACCUUUGGGAUUCAGACAUUGUACAUUUGGAGAAGGGUAAAGGAUACUCUUAUCUUCAAAUGCUUGCAAAUUGUAAGUUGUUGCUUUUUAAAUUUCCAUUUGUUUACAUGGUCUCUUCUAUGUCCUAUGAAAAAAUAAUAAAGUUUUUGAUCUUUUUAAUUGUG